AUGCGAAUCGACAAUCAAAGACGAGACGAAGAUUUAUUGCCGGUGAGGAUGAGAAAAUGUGAGGCGGAGAUGGAGGAUUUAGCGUUGAUUUUCUCAAGGCUAAACAACAGGAAGAAAAAGAGAGAUCUCUGGCGGAGCUGCUAUCGGAAGGUGAAUGAGUGGCAUGAGUAUCUAGAUCCGGCGAAGCAUCAAUCGUCUCCGGCGAAGGAGAAGGAGGAGCAGGCAUCGUUGCUGGAGAGGGAAAGGAGGUGGCGACAGGCAUGGAUGCAUCUCCCAAAUCUGAAGAUCUUGGAACUUGUUAGAUUGAAUAACCUAAUCAUGACACCAGAUUUUGAUAGAAUUCCAAAUCUUGAAAGACUCAUUCUUCGUGGAUGCCAGCGUUUAAAAAAGAUUCAUCCAUCGAUUGGAAACUUGGAAAGGCUCAUUUUCCUAUCUAUAGAGUUUUGUUCUGGUCUUAAGAUAUUUCCACCGAUUAAGCGACUAAAGAAACUCGAGACCCUUUCAUUAUCAGAUUGCCCCAAACUUUUUAAGCUCUUGGGGAUCCAACAGAAAAUGAACGGUCUACUGCAUCUUCAUUCAAAUAUUAGUGGGAAAGAAGUUGCAUCCUACAAAAAGUAUUCUUCAAACUUUGUCGUUACUUGUUGGACGUGUGGUGACACAAAAAUUAGAAACCCAGCAGAGGACCUGAUUGAUGUAGAAGAAUGUUGUUUAGAGGAGCCUUAUUUACCUCGCAACAACAAUACAGUGUUACGGUUUUUUCCCAGAGGCUUAAGAAAGUUAAAUCUCCGGUACUGCAGUCUGGGAGAUAAAGACAUUGACUCUGCUGUUUGGGAGUUUCCCAACUUGGAAGAACUCAAUCUAAAAGGAAAUAAGUUUUCAAGAUUAAAUUUUAGUCGAUGGCAACUUCCUCAGCUCAAAUGGCUGGACGUGUCAUUGUGCCAAUUACUUGUAGAAUUGUGGGAUCUGCCAUCAAGUAUAGCUGUUGUUAUAGCGGAUAAUUGUUGGUCACUUGAAAGCUUUGGAGAUAUUUCAAACUGUAAGUGGUUGUGGAAAGUCUCAUUGUGUGGGUACAACAAACUUGGUCCACUUGUUGGUGACAUAUUACUAGACUCCAUGCUCCAGGUUUACUUUACCUUUACGUUUGGAAUUUCACUCUUUAUAUAA